AGUUGUAUUUUGGUAGUAUAGUUGAGUUUUGAAGUGGAUCUGUCAAAAAAAGUGGCGUCGUCGUCGUAAUUUUGAAGCUCAUAGAAAGAAACAAAAAAGUCAAGCACAACUCAAAUCGCGAUCUUUCCUUCCUUCCCAAGUCCCUAUCUGGCCGCCACUAUCAAAAACACCAAUCCAUUAAAAUUAAAUCCUUUUUAUCUUCCAAAUAAUCUUAAACACACAGUUUCCAACAAACACACACGUAACACUUUCCUGUUUUCUCCACAAUGCUUCCUAACCUCUUAGUAUUCCUUUUCUUCUUAUUACCCUUCUUACUCUCUUGUGUCCAUUCACACCAAGAGUCGGGUCCAUGGAGCUGCGAUUCCGGGUCAGAGAUCCGAAUUGACUCCGAUUUUCAACCCGGAGUUAUCACACUCGAUGGUCACGCCGACGAUUGGAAGGACAUUGAAGGGUCUCAGUUCGCUCUUCUCCCCGCCCUCGACCCUGACGCUGAGAAUGAAUUCAAUGGCGGAAAAAUGAACGUUAAGAGUGUGCAUGAUGGCCGUGAUAUUUUCUUUUUGCUGCAAGUUGAUAGUGAUUACGCAUACUCUAGUGGUGAAAGCAGGAAAUGUCCCUCUGUUGCACUCAUGUUUCCAAUUGGGGCUAAUGCUUCCUAUCAUAAUAUGGGUGGCUGUGAGGAACAUUCAACCUCGUGCACAAGUAAGACCUGCAAAGGUCAUGAAGUUGACAUUAUGCACUUUUCAAUUGGAAAUGCUAUUCCAGGACGGCUUUAUGGUGGGAAUCCCAUUAACAAUAGGGAUGGAAAUGGCGGUGACAGGUUUGGCCAUUUGGUUGAUCUUUAUGCCUGGAAUCCGCAUUGCAGAUACUUGGAUGGAAUGGGCCCUGCGAAUUUUGUUAAUGAUUCUAGUGCACAGAAUGACUGGAAAGGUGCUUGGUGGCAUAGCGGCUUUACAGUUCACUCAGGUUUUGUACAGGAUGAGAGUCCAUAUGCAGAAAAUGGAAAAAAGGGUACAUAUUUUUUUGAAUUCUCCAGGCCCUUGAGGACUAUGGAUCAUCUGCAACAGGAUGUUCAAUUUACCCUUGGCGAAUCAAGCAAGAUGUCUGUCGCAUUCUGGUAUCCAGUAGACAAUCAACCAUGGCACGGUUCGGGACACUAUUCGAUUAACUGCGAUUGGGUUGCAAUCGAUAUAUCUCAGAGCAGUUCUGCUUCUUUGAGUGGCAAGUCAGUAGACACAGCAUCAAGUAGCUCAUGGAAUAUUGCAAGUGCAUUUUCACUUAUAUUUUCAGUAGUAGCACUUUGUGUGUCUGUGUUUGUGAGUUAUAGAGUUUUACAUCCCAAGGGUGUUCAAUUUACUCCAAUGGAGGAACUUUAAAUAUUGUAUUAACAGCUUGAGUUUGGGAUUGUACUAUUCAUUUGUGAUUGUACUAGAUAGGUUUGUAGUACUGUUUAGUGCUUUCUCUUGCCUUA